AUGUCUCGCCUUUCUAAUAAAACAAUUUUUAUUACAGGUGCAAGUUCAGGAAUUGGAAAAGCAUGUGCUUAUGAAUUUGCAAAGACAAAUAAUACAGUUAAAUUAAUUAUUUCAGCACGUAGGGACGUAACGGAAAUAGCAAAAGAUAUUGAAUCUACUUUUCCUGGCGUUAAAGUCCUUCCUUUAAGAUUAGAUGUGAGCAAGUUAGAAGACAUUGAAGAAAAAAUUGAAGGGCUUCCAGACAGCUUUAAAGACAUUGAUAUUCUUAUUAACAAUGCCGGUUUUGUAAUUGGCAUGGAAAGAGUAGGAGAAAUUAACCCAGGAAUUAUGAUGGAUAUGUUUAGUACAAAUGUAUUUGGGCUGAUCAAUAUAACUCAAAAGAUUUUAAAUAUUUUUCAUCAAAAAGGCGGUAAAGGAGACAUUAUUAAUAUAGGCUCUAUUGCAGGACGUGAGCCCUAUCCAAAUGGGUCUAUUUAUUGUGCAACGAAAGCAGCAGUUCGAUCAUUUACUAAUUCAUUGAGAAAAGAAUUGAUAAAUACUCGUAUUCGUGUAAUCGAAAUAGAUCCAGGCCUAGUAAAAACAGAGUUUUCUAUAGUCAGAUUUUGUGGCGAUAAAUCUAGAGCAGACGCUGUUUAUCAAAACAUGGAACCUUUAACUGGGGAAGAUGUUGCAGAAGCAAUUGUUUUUGCAGCAAGUAGACGAGAAAAUGUUGUUAUUGCGGAUACAUUGAUUUUCCCGAAUUGUCAAGCGAGUAUUUCACAUGUCUAUAGGGAAAAAUAA